AUGACGACAAAUCCACGGAAAGGCAUCGAUUCGGUGCCAUUAGAAGAAAGUGAUCAACUUACAAUUCGGCCACUUGGUGCAGGUCAAGAAGUAGGCCGAUCAUGUAUUAUGUUGGAAUUUAAAGGGAAGAAAAUUAUGCUAGACUGUGGGAUUCACCCUGGUUUAUCAGGAAUGGAUGCACUGCCUUUUGUAGAUUUAAUAGAAGCAGAUGAAGUGGACCUACUUCUUAUUUCUCAUUUUCACCUGGAUCACAGUGGAGCCCUGCCAUGGUUCUUAACUAAAACAUCAUUUAAAGGCAGGGUAUUCAUGACUCAUGCAACAAAAGCUAUCUAUAGAUGGCUUGUUUCAGAUUAUAUUAAAGUUAGUAAUAUAUCUACAGAACAGAUGUUAUAUACAGAAUCAGACUUAGAAGGGUCAAUGGAUCGUAUAGAGACUAUUAACUUUCAUGAGGAGAAAGAUGUGCGUGGUGUUCGGUUCUGGGCCUACAAUGCAGGCCAUGUUCUUGGUGCAGCCAUGUUUAUGAUUGAAAUUGCUGGAGUAAAGAUUCUAUAUACAGGUGACUUUUCAAGACAAGAAGAUAGGCAUUUAAUGGCAGCUGAAAUACCCACAGUUCACCCCGAUGUCCUGAUCACUGAGUCCACCUACGGCACCCAUAUUCACGAAAAACGUGAAGAACGAGAGAGCCGGUUCACGAGUCUAGUCAGCGAUAUUGUGAUGCGCGGAGGACGGUGUCUCAUUCCUGUAUUUGCGCUUGGUCGUGCUCAGGAGUUGCUUUUAAUCUUGGACGAAUACUGGUCCCUUCAUCCUGAGCUGCAAGACAUACCCAUCUACUAUGCUUCAUCGCUAGCUAAGAAAUGUAUGGCUGUCUACCAGACGUACAUAAAUGCUAUGAAUGACCGGAUUAGACGGCAGAUAGCUGUUAACAAUCCAUUUGUCUUCAGACACAUAUCGAAUUUAAAGGUAAUUAAAGGUUAG